CGAGGCGGGACCGGGCUCUGCCGCCGCAUCCCCGCCGCACCGGCAGCGCAGAGCCGGCUCCGUUCUGCUCGCCACCAUGUCCCUGUGCAGGGCCGCCUCCCAGGCGCUGGCCGCCCGCCUGAGCAGGGCUCCCGCCGCCGCCAGCCGCCUCAAGCAGCGUGCGCCUCCUCGCCAGAUGUCAUCUGGGAGCGUUCCUGGCUCUUCUAGAGACAGCAUGAUGAUCUAUCUCCUUGCUGGUGUUGCUGCUUUUGGUGGUUUAUUUUAUGCCUACAGAGUAGUCAGUUCACCCCGCAGCAAGUUUGUUGAAGAUACAAAUAUUCUUCGUGAGAGAGCCGAGGAGCAGAAAAGCAAUCCUUUGUCAAGAAAGGAAGGUGAAGCAGAAGAGGUGGAUGAGGUCACUGGAGCAGAGAAGGCCACAGAAGAGGCUGAGGCAGCAGCUGCUGUGGAACCUGCAGCACAGGAGGAGAGUGCUGGACACACAGCACAGGAUGAGAGUUCUGGGGUGCCCCCAGAAGCUGGAGGGGAGAAUGACUUGCUGGCUCCAGAGGAAUCCCAUGCUGUGGAGGAGGCACAGCAGGAAGCUGCUGCUAAUUCAGAAGCUGAUGCUAAUUUGGAACUUGCUGAUAAUUCAGAAGCUGCUGCAGUUCAAGCUUCUGACGAGGAGAAGACAACUGAAGAGGUUGCUAAAGAGCCCUAAAGUAAGCAGUGUGGACACCUUUGGGAAGUUUAAUGCAAAUAUUUGUAGCAAUCAACCAGCUGAUUCCUGUGUGAAACCUCAUCAUACUCUUCCUUGGAGACAUCAAAGAAACUGUGCAGUUUGUCCUACCACACACUGGCCAUUCUGGCCAGUAUUAUCCAGUGCUGCAAGAGAUGAAUUGUGCUGCCUAGAGAAACGCUUCUGUGACUAACAACUCUGCUGUAGAGAGUAGCAUCCAGCCAAGCCACUCAGCAUGCCCUAAAUACCUGUGCUAAGAGAAGCAGUAUGAUGCCAGAUGAACUCCUUCUAUGUCAUUGCUGUCCUGAUGUGUACAUUGAUUUCUUCCUUUUGGCCCAAACUGUUGUGCGUAGUUAUACAUUUGUAACAUCCCAUGCUAAAAUGUAAGCAAAAGGUUAAGCCAAAAUAUUAUAAAAGUACCUGUUAGCAUUUUUAAAUUAGAUCACAGGGAAAAUAACAACGUGUUUGCUCCUGAGUUUGGAUUUGUGAUUGUGAGCAUAGGGCAUCUGGCUGCACAUGACCUCAUUUUCCCCCUGCAUAAACAUUUCAGAUGCUACCACUCCUUGCACAGUAACAUCCAGGAGUAAACCCAUUGCAGCCAUCACAGAAUGGCAAUGGUUCUAAACCAGAGCCAAAUAAGUCAAAUAAGGUACAUAAUGUACUAUUUGUAUAGGAAGUGUGUUUCACAAGGUGUGUCUGACUCUUCUCUUCGAGCAGAAGUUUGGAAAAUGUUGAAAGAGAAACAACAGCAUCCUCCUACACAUGGCACAAAGCAACCCAUGCUCCUUCCCCCAUCCUAAAGCAAAUUACAAUAGUGUUCCAACAGAGAUAUAGCCUAUUGCUCCUGGAUCUACUUAGGAAUAACUGGAAUAAUGCAGAGGGAAAAGCAGGCUCCCAAGCUUCAAGAAGACAAACCACAGCCUUCUACUUGAAGGAUAAGGCCUCUGUGAUUAAAAGCAAUUUGUGUAGACCAAGCUACUGGAAUAAAAAUCUUAGAUUGAUAUUUUGUUGGACAAGAGUCUAUGUUUGUCUUGUGGAUUAAAAAUGCUGUGAUGGAUGUAUGCACUUAAAUGUUCUAUUUAUUCAUUUUCAUUAAUUCCUAGUAAAAGAAGCUGUUUUAACUGGA